GUGGGAAGCAGUAACGAUCGGGGACGGGUAUCCAAUGCGGCAGAAUGACCGAUGUACGUGACCUGGUGUUUGACGUGCACCCCAGUCAGUUCGCCGUCGACCAGAGCGGAACCUCCAUCACCAUCACCUGGCACGACGGACAUGAGUCGAAGUACAGUCUUCAGUGGCUCUGGGAAAACAGCUACAUUAGUCGGAAGUACCGGCAGAUGCAGCAGGACAGGGUCUGGAAGAGGUGUCUGUGGGACGCGUGGACGGCGGCUCGUGAGGACCUGCCCACUGUCCACCACGACCAGUUUCAUGCAGGAUGA